CUUCACUCUGUUCUCUAUAAAUACUCGUUUCAAUCUUUCUUUUUUCCCACUCUACAGAAAAAAAAAACUAUAACAAAAUCGGCGACGAUGCCUAACAAACUCAUUUUCUUCUUGAUUCUCACAUCAGAUCAGUCAUCAUCUUGAUGACAUUGCAAGGCUCUUCCGGCGUAAAUAACGGCGGUUAUGUCAACCAAUGCGCCGCUUGCAGGCACCAACGCCGUCGUUGCACACCGGACUGUUUCUUUCGUCCUUACUUUCCGGCGGAGCGACAUCAAGAGUUCCAAAACUUUCAUCGUCUACAUUCCAAUACCCGUCUCCAAAAAAAGCUCAAAGAAUUAGGAUUGUCUCCGGAGGAACAAAGAGAAGCAAUGAGCUCGAUCAUAUACGAAUCCAACAUACGCUCUCAAUUCCCCGGCCCGUCGGUGGCUGUCACGAAUACAUUUUCCAUCUUCGAACCCAAAUCGCACUCGUCACCGCUGAACUACGUCGCACCCGUGAUCAAAUCACCGCCGCUUUCUUCAAUCCCACCGCCGCCAGCUUCUUUAAUUCCGCCGCUAACAACUUCUUAGAUCCCUCCUCCGCCGUAAAUCCUUUUCGAAACCUCACCGCAAACAACGACGAUGGCACGAUCGAAUUCUUGAGCGGCGGAGGGUAUUGUGGUAAUUUCGUACACGAGGAGUGUGUGACUGAGACUAGGCCGUUAAUCUUGGUUCGAAUCUUUUUUUUUUUUUUUUUGGUAAAAGGUUGGUUCGAAUCUUUCCCAUGCAAAUGCCAACGAAAAUGACGUUAAUCUUGAAGCGUUGGAACAAGAACAACUAGGUGGUGCUCCUCGUAACAACGAUAUCGAGAGAGUGUUUCGUGAAUUCUUUACUGAUGAGGAAAUUAUGUCUCUCUUGGAAGCUCAAGUUUCCCGCCACAAGUGUGCAUAUCAAUCUAUGACCAAGGAUGAUGACUUCCCAUUUCCGUAGAUCUUUCCACUUUGGGGAUGAACUAGUCUCGAUAGAGAAGAAUAUCUUUUGUACUUACUCUCUCUUUUUUUUUUCGUCGUACUUACUCUCUCGUAAAAAUUCUUUUACUACUCUACAUUCUCUUGUAGGCUUUUCUCCCAUUUUCAAUAUGUAGAUAACAAAAAAAAAAAUUACUAUACGAAAAGUAAAAUACAGUUUAGACU